AUGAGCUUUCAGCCAAACCCCCAAGACCCAUCUCUCAUAUCGCCCUCCUCUCCCGCUCCCGCGCCUUCCCCUAACUCAACGGCACGUCACUACCAGCAGCAGCAGUUCCAACAACAGCAGCAGCAACAACAACAGCACCAACAGCAACAGCAACAACAUCAGCAGCAGCAGCACCAACAGCAGGUCUCAAACCAAUACUCCCCGCAACCGCAGCACCAGUGGCAGCAACAGCAGAUCGCUAUGAUGAACGGCAUGAAUGGGUCCAAUAUGGCUGCGGGAAUGCCUGUUCCCACGCCUGCGGGCCACCAGGCUGAACUCAAUUACAUCUAUGGCAUGGUCGAGGAGCUUAGUCGACAGCUGGCCGAGAAUCGCCGAGUUACAGAGGAUAUUGUCAGCGGACUGGGAAGAGUGAGGAACAGAGCGAGGACACAUGGCGCCAACAACCAACAGGUCAUUGAAGGUGCCUCAGAAGAUAUAAAUGGACAAGUACAAAAUAUCGAUGCUCAUAUUUCCCUCCUCACCGAAUGCCUCGAAAAGGCCAAGUUCAGUCGCGAUGCCAACGCCAAGCUCCUCUCCCAGUACGCCAACGCCAUGGCCAACCUGCUUCGACAGUUCCACGAGUACAAGACCAAACACGUCAGCGACGUAGCCUCCUGGCACCGUUCGUACCGUAAGCAGCUCGCGGAUGCGCGCGACGAGAACGCCCGUUUGCGCGAGCAGAUCUGGCAAAUGCAGGCACACGCCGGCCGAGCCAACGAGAACUUGCGUGAAUACAGACGCAAGUAUGACGAGGACGAGGGGCGCUGGAACAGACUGGUCGACGAGAAGGCGCAUCGCCAAGAACUGCGUUUCUGGAAGCGCAUGGCUAUGCCCGAGCUCGAUGACGAUGAUCCCUACUGGAGUGACGAUGACGAUAUUAUUGAUCCUGCCGAGAAGGUUCGUCUUCACGAACUCGACCUUAAGGCGGCUCAGGAGCAGCUCGACAGCCAGGCUGAGGAUAGUGAUGGCCAGGGCCCACCACCGCAGCUGCCGCUACCUGGAAUGGGAAUCGGUAUGGGCAUGAUGGGAGGUAUUCCGAUGCAGCGAGAGGACUCGGGAGCUUCACAUGGUGUCCCUUCACUUCCCCCUCGGCCAUCGAGUGCAGCGUCAAGCACAGGGUCGACGGGACAGCAAGGAUAA